UAGGUUUGACAAACAAAUAAGUGCAGAUGUCAGCUUAUAGCGUUAAGGACAUUGACCUGUUAUGACCUAGUUAAAAUGUGAUUGUAAGGCUGAAGUCAACCAAUCAGUAGAACCAGUUGUAAACCUAGCUGAUACAGAUAAGCUUCCUCAGAGCAAAUUUUAGGUUGGAAAUAAUGUAAGAUGGCAGCUGCAAGAAACGCAGUUCGGCGUAUUGGGGUCUUGCAAGGCGCCUUGGUGAAGAGACAGACGUACCGUGGCCGUGUGGAGAGCAGACGACAUCAGAAUACAUAUGAUGGGCGAUGGCCACCAGAUCACGGCGUGGGUAUUGAUAAUGUGGAGGCACAGGUUGCGCAGGCCAGGCCAGAUCCCAGUGCUACUGCGCCACUGUAUAGAGAACUGAACACCGCCAGUCUGGUGAACUUGCAGACUAACACUCUGGCGCGGCAGGGAUAUGACAUGACCCAGAGAGGACUGAUGUCCCAGAAAGUUGAAGUAAAUGGUGCUAGCAUUCACUACAUUAGCAGUGGGAUUGGAGACCAUGCAUUACUACUACUGCCUGGGGCUCUUGGUUGUGCAGUCACUGACUUCAGUCCUCAGGUGGAACACUUAGACAAAGCCAAGUUCACAGUAAUAGCCUGGGAUCCGCGGGGUUACGGCAACAGUAGGCCUCCAGAUAGAGACUGGCCUCUCACCUUCCUGAGCCGAGAUGCUGACGAUGCUGCAGGAAUGAUGGAGAAACUAGGUUACAGUAGCUACUCUCUCCUUGGCUGGAGUGACGGUGGUAAUACCGCCAUGAUCAUGGCCGCCAGGUAUCCUGAGCGUAUACGUAAACUGGUCAUGUGGGGCUCCAACUGCUUCACCACUGAGAAGGAUAUGGAGUGUAUUAAAGCUGUCCGUGAUCUUAGCAAAUGGAGUGACAGAAUGAAACAACCCUUCAUUCAUGUUUAUGGAGAGGAGUAUUUCAAGGCACAGUGGGAGGCCUGGUAUCAGGCAUAUAGCGAUUAUUUCUACAAAAACAAAGGAGACAUCUGCAGAGAUGAACUUAAAAACAUCACGAGCCCAACCCUGAUUGUCCACGGUGACAAGGACCCAAUGUUGGAUCCAGUGCAUCCUGUUUAUCUCCAUGAGAAUAUCCAGAAUUCCAGACUAGUCCGGUGGCCUGAGGGAAAACACAACAUCCAUCUGAGGUACUUCGAAGAUUUCAACAAACUGGUGACAGAUUUUCUGUUGGAGCAAUAGGAGGCAGCACCUGCUUCCUAAUUUCAACUAUAGAUGGUAGCAUUAGUUUCAUCAGGGGAAGGACAGGCUUGUUUACAAGUGAAAUUUUGCUCAUAUUUCGCCAAUUAUAAUUUUAUCAGUAUAUUGACUGAAGAUUUUCUUCUAUGCAGAUUGGCUUAAAGGAAAUUUUGGAAUUGUUAGAUGGCUGUUCUAGCGUCUGUGAAGAUGAACAGUGUCAUGUUGACCUCCCUGCAUAUCAAAUGGGCUGGGAAAAUUUUUAUGCAAAUAUAGGGAAUUAAAUUCUACCAGAAUAAUCAUAAAUCUUCUGGUUAUACUUCUUGAUUGGUUUUUGUGUGAUUUUCAAUAAAAUGUUGGUUUGAAGUCACACUCUAGCAUGUUUAUCAUGCACUUCAAAAAGGACAAAAGCAAUAUUUUAACAUUUCCAAAAAUUGGGGUUUCCAAUUUGAGGAAGAUGGUGGAAUUGAGGUAAAAAUGGACUAAUUUCAAGAUUUUAAAUUAAUAGUAAAGUUUCCUCAAUCAGCAUUUGAAUAUUUUCCAUGUAUGUGAAUAUUAUGAUGCAAUGUGAAUGGCAGCAUUAUAGGAAAGUCUGUAGAAGGGACUCUAAAUUCAAGUCAAGGGUGUGAUUGAUUGGUUUGUGCCUUUGAAAAACCUCGUUAAAAUGUCUGUUAAACAUUUUUAAAAUGAAUUUUCUGUUGUCAACAGUUUUUGUUGACUGCUUCAAAUUUUGCCUUAAAAGGUGCCUGUACAACUUGUUAUCAUCUAAAAAUGAAAUAAAAACCAAAUUUUGAACUUA